AUGCGCCGCAUGUCCUUAUCCAAAGCUGCAAAGCCAUGCACGUUUGCUGCAGCGCUCCAUCCCGAUAAUGCAAUCAAGACGCCCGAAGUUGCGCUUGCCAAUGAGAAAAACGUCAUCCACACGCCGCGCAUUCUUUCUGACGGCGCCUUCUCUUACUCACUUCCAGAACCUCGUGCCACGUAUCGUUUCCUAUCCUGUAGUGGCCAGGCAUUGCUGGAUUUGGGCUUGGACCCAGCCCUGGGCCUGGACCCUGAGUUCCGCCGCGUUGUCAGCGGUGAGGUCUACGCCGAUGCCAAUUUCCAGAAAUUGUACCCAAUGCCGUACGCACAGGCCUACGCCGGGUGGCAGUUUGGCCAGUUUGCUGGUCAGUUAGGCGACGGGCGUGCCCUUAGUUUGUUCGAGGUGGAGUCAGAGGCGGCUCGUGCCGGCAACAACAGGCCCAAAUACGAGAUCCAGUUGAAGGGAUCAGGCAAAACACCGUAUUCGCGUUUUGCAGAUGGCAAGGCAGUUCUUCGUUCAUCCAUUCGCGAGUAUAUCAUUUCGGAGCACUUGCACAGUGUUGGUAUUCCAUCUACACGGGCGUUAGCCAUCACAUACCUCCCCAAGACAAAGGCACAGAGAAAUGCGGCAGAAAAAUGUGCCAUUGUGGCCCGUUUCGCGCAGCUGUGGGUCCGCAUAGGUACGUUCGACUUGUACCGCUGGCGUUUCGACGGCAAAGGGCUCCGGGAACUCUGUGACUAUGUGAUCUCAGAUUUGUUCACUGUGAACAAGCAGGAGUUCCCCCAUUGGACAGAAAUCUCAAAGCUCCGUCCGCAUCUAUUGCCUGACUCGAGCACUAUUGGCGCCUUGACCCGCUAUGACAAAAUGUACCUUGAGAUUGUGGCGCGUAAUGCUAGCACCACUGCGCUCUGGCAGACAUAUGGCUUCCUCAAUGGCGUUCUUAAUACUGAUAAUACCUCUGUGCUUGGGCUCUCGAUGGACUUUGGACCAUUCUCCAUUCUCGAUCGUUUUGACCGCGACUAUACUCCAAAUUCUGAAGACCACCAAGGAAGGUACAGCUAUGCAAAUACACCCACAGCCAUCUGGUGGAAUUUGACUCGCUUGGGCGAAAAUUUAGCACUGCUUAUUGGUGCGGGUCCUGACUUGGUGGACGAUGCAGCCUUCCGAAGCGGAACAAUCCAUCCUCAUUGGGAAGAACGCAUUGUUAAGAGAGCUACGAAGUUAAUUGAAGCAGCUGGCGAAAUUUACAAGUACACGUUCACGAAACAGUACAUGGAGUCUUUCUUUGCCCGUCUUGGCUUGGCCCCAACACUCAUUGACUAUAAUAACUUGGACCAGCAUAAUACCGACUUAAUUGCACCUAUGUUGGACAUGCUCGGCCAUGUCCAGUGUGAUUUCAACAAAUUUUUCGUCCACCUUCAAGAUUCGGAUGUUGGGACCGCUUCUUUUAAUAAGGAAGCAUUUGCCAGGUCAAUUUUAUUGAAAGAGGUCAGUGAGUUUGAGCAUUAUGACAGGGACGCUCUUGUCAAAGAAGUAUGCGAAUGGCUCGACCUUUAUGAGGCUUACCUAAAGAAAGGUGGAAGAGACAAACAGAUUAGUCUGAAGCGCAACCCACUUUUCCUUCCCAGAAAUUGGAUUUUGGAUGAAGUCAUCGCUCAUACUCAGGAGUCAGAUGGUGAAGACUUGAGUUAUCUUCACAAACUCGAGAAGAUGGCCUUCAACCCAUAUGAGCCUGCGAAAUGGGGAGAUGAACUCAAAGACAUGGAGAAAAAGUGGAUGCUCCAAAGUGAUAUGGGCACUGACUACUCCAUGUUGCGGUGCAGCUGCUCAUCUUAA